AUGAAGAUUAUCAUCACUGGCGCGACUGGUUUUGUCGGGAAAGAGGUCGUUGCCCAAGCCAUCCAAAAUCCGGGGAUUUCCUCCAUCAUUGUGCUUACUAGGCGACACAUCGACGAACAACAGAGCCAAAGUCCCAAGGUACGGGUCAUCUUGCACGAUGACUUCCAGUCCUAUCCAGCAAGCCUUCUCGAACAACUCCAAGGAGCGCAAGGCUGCGUUUGGUGCCUGGGAGGCAAGGUCGAGGACUUUCCCGAUUUCCAGACGGCGAGGAAGGUCGGGGUCGAUUUCACCCUGGCCGCCGCCGACGCCUUCGUCAAGACGAUAUGUCCGAACCUGGCGCCGCAAGGACACAGAUUCCGCUUCGUCUUUUGCAGCGGCAUGGGCGCAGAGUGGGAUCAGGACAAGAAACUCUGGCUGUUCUCCGACACCCGAAAAUUGAAGGGCGAGGUUGAACGGGGUUUGCUGGACCUCGCCAUGGCCAAUCCAGACGUGUUCGAGGCCAUCGUGCUUCGUCCCGGCGGCAUCGUGCCCGACGACAGCGUUCUCUUCCGCAAAUUCGUGUCGUUCAUGACCCCCGUCGUCCCGGUCACGCAGCUGGCGAAGGCAUUGGUGAGAUGCUGUAUCUCUCCGCCACCAGAACAGGUCGUUGAGCAUGGAGAUAUUCUGCAGCUUGGUUCAUGA